UGUCCAUAGUUGUAAAAGGUCAGCCUACACUGCUUUAUUUAAAUCUGUGUCAUAAUGGUGGUACUUUUUACCGAACGGUAUAUUUUCUGAGGUGGAACGUGGGACGUAUAAAGUUUGACAAACACUUCAUUAGGUGGUUUGCAGGCAGUCGUAGAGAAUAGAAACAGAGCUCAUAGGUCGAUUUCCUCGUUUCAAAAAUAAUCAGAGAGGGAGAGAGGAGCCUGAUGAGGAAGUUGAGGUCUCCUGUAAUAAUACAACACGCCCACUUCUCCCUGUCACAAGACUAGACUUAGUCGGGACUACUGUGGGGGCUUUUUGUGUGUCUGUCUAUAUGCACAGAGAGCCAUUCAAGCAAGUAAUGGAAGUCAAGUGUACUUGUGAUUAUUUUGGACUCCUCGUGUGCUCUGAGGUACUUGUGCAUAUUAUUAAUCCAAUAGCCUUGUAUCCAGUUGUGUCUGCAGGAUUUAUUUCUGCACACAGAGACAAGCAAAGAAGAGCACAGGGACUCAAAAACAAAAACAAAAAAAAAACAGGAUGUAGCAGUUGUUCAGAGCAGGAACAGGUGGCUGUCAACGUGAGUACAGCCACGGUGAAUCACAGUUAACAGUUGCCCCCAGAGUCUGCACCACUCCCUAAUCUGCGCUCGUGCACUCACACGGAAAGGAGUUUUAUCCAAGCUCACGCGCUGAGAUAAAACUCCCCACCUCUCCAAACUUCUCCCCCUUUUUUUGACCCGUUUCAUCACAUGAGCGUUGCCUCACUCCCUCCAUCAGACAGUGCUUUCAGCAGCUCGUGGGCUGCAGUAGUGUGUUAUAUUUGGGCGCCUCGCGGAAGGAAAUAUGACGCGCGAGGACAGAGCGUCGCUGUCCACGCGGCCAAGGCGGCCAGUUUGGCAGACAUCAUCGGCACUGGCGAGCAGGAGCUGUUGUCGGGGCUCGUUGACAUGCAUUCCCCCUGAGCUCGGCGGCGCCUCCCUCAGUGGUGUGGUGGCAGGAUGCCAGUGCAGGCGGCCCAGUGGACAGAGUUCCUGUCCUGUCCCAUCUGCUACAAUGAGUUUGACAGCAGCGGCCACCAGCCCAUCAGUCUGGGCUGCUCCCACACGGUGUGUAAGACCUGCCUACACAAACUGCACCGCAAGGCUUGCCCCUUUGAUCAGACACCCAUCAGCACCGAUAUCGACCUGCUGCCGGUCAACUGUGCCCUGCUGCAGCUGGUCGGAGCUCAGGUCCCAGAUGUGCAGCCGGUGAGCCUGAGCAGUGCAGCAGAGGUUGAGAACUACGAGGUCUGCAGGGUAUGCGUGGAAGAGCUGGCUCUCUACCUGAAACCAAUCAGCGGAGCAAAAGGUGUGGCGACUCUCAGCCCGAGCGUGCUCAGUCGGCCCAUGCAGAGGAAGUUGGUGACCUUGGUGAACUGCCAGCUGGUGGAGGAGGAGGGCCGCGUGCGGGCGGUGCGGGCAGGACGGUCACUGGGUGAACGAACCGUAACUGAACUCAUUCUGCAGCACCAGAACCCCCAGCAGCUCUCCGCCAACCUCUGGGCAGCGGUCAGGGCACGGGGCUGCCAGUUCCUGGGACCUGCUAUGCAAGAAGAUGCACUGAAGCUUGUUUUACUGGCUCUGGAGGACGGCUCAGCUUUGUCCAGGAAGGUGUUGGUUUUGUUUGUAGUCCAAAAGCUAGAGGCUCGCUUCCCCCAGGCGUCCAAAACCAGCAUAGGACACGUGGUGCAGCUUCUCUACAGGGCCUCCUGCUUCAAGGUGACCAAGCGUGAUGAGGACUCCUCACUGAUGCAGCUUAAGGAAGAAUUUCGGACGUACGAGGCUCUGAGGAGAGAACACGACGCUCAAAUCGUCCACAUCGCUAUGGAGGCGGGUCUGCGAAUUUCACCAGAGCAGUGGUCUUCUCUGCUGUACGGAGAUCUGGUCCACAAGUCACAUAUGCAGUCCAUUAUUGACAAGUUGCAGUCUCCAGAGUCGUUUGCAAAGAGCGUUCAGGAGCUGACGAUCGUACUGCAGAGGACAGGAGACCCCGCCAACCUCACAAGCCUUAGACCACACCUAGAGCUACUAGCCAACAUAGACCACAACCCAGAUGCCCCGGCGCCGUCGUGGGAGGAGCUGGAAAGUGUGAUGCUGGCUGUGAAGUUAGUGGUUCACGGACUUGUGGAGUUCAUACAGAACUUCAGCAAGAAGAGCCACGACACUCCACAGCCUCAGGCAAACAGCAAGUACAAGACCAGCAUGUGCCGAGACCUUCGUCAGCAGGGAGGCUGUCCCCGAGGAACCAACUGCACGUUUGCACACACGCAGGAUGAGCUGGAGAAAUUUCGACUGAGGAACAAGAAGAGCAGCAGUGUGGGCCGUGCGUUCCCUUUAGCACCCGGGGUUAUGGGUAAAACCUUCACCAUGGAGGGCAGCAUCCACACAGAUGUGUCAGCAGGAGUGGGGCAGGGGAUCAAAGGCACGGCGGAGAACACAGCCAACCUGACGGAGGGAGUGCCCGGCCUGACUCACCCUCAACUGAUCUCCAGAGGCGCUGACAUGAUGGAGGAGAUGAAGAGAGUGGUGCCAAAUGGAUCCAGUGGUUCUAAUGGGUCCAAUGGCACCAACAGAAAUACGUCGGGCUCAACUGAACAGAAGCCCAUCUCUCCUCCUCGGACUCCAGUCAGCCACUCAUCAGCGUCAUCUCCGUUGACAACAGUUGGGCGGGGUGAUGGUGGUGCUCCUAUGCCCAAACACAGUCAGUUUGUCCUGCGUGCACCACAUCCUUCUCAGGCAUCAGAGAUGUACUAUCAGGAGCCCCACUCUGCAUACGACACAGCCCAUUAUCAACCAAACUCAGGUUCCUACUACCCAUCGACCCUUCACCCUCCUCACAAAUCUUGCAUGGCUCGGUUCCUUCGAUCCUCCAACGUCCCAGAAUCGUCCCUCCCGCCCUCGAUUGGCCCUCCGCCAUCUUCCUACCCCAGUGACCCUCAAACGCCACACCCACCUUCCUCCUCUUCGACAGGGUACCCUCCGCACCCGCCUAGAGAUCGAAUGGGACCUCCUGCCUUCCAUCCCCACCCGGGGCAGCCUCAGUAUGGACCUCUGGCUCCUGCUCAUGGUGUUUAUGCUCCCCUCUAUGACAGCAGGAGAGUAUGGAGGCCUCAGCUGUAUCACAGAGAGGAUGCCAGGAGUAACUCACUGCCUCCAGAGGUACUGCAUUCCUCCGUCUACCAGCCUCCACUCAGGGAGAGAUUCAACUCUCUAGACAGUAACUACUGCUCUGGAGCUGAACACCGUGCAGGGCUACACAGGGAUUAUGGCCGUGUUCCUCUGGGCUACGAGGAUCUGUUCAGAAGGAAGCAGGAACAAUGGGCUCAUCAUCAUCACCAUCACAACGCCAACAGGCCCUCCCAGUCCUCCCCCAUCUUCACCAUCGAUUUUGGAACUGAGCAUGUGGAAAGCAGCGGAAGCCAGUGCGUGGGGUGCAGGUUCAGAGGCGAGGAAAGUUUAGCGCACUACUCUCCGUGGUCCUGUGGUACCAUCGGCCCCUGCCUCAGCCCCUUUGAGCCUGAAACGCUCACACACACCUCGGCUCACUCCUGCUCAGAACACUCGGAGCUGGACAGUAAUGGAGGCGGAGGUGGCGGUGGUAGUGGUAGUGGUGUCGGGAAGCGAUGGUUGCAUUUGUUGGAUCACUCCCGGCGCUUGAAAGACGAGGACCCGAUCAUUCCCUUCAGUGAGGGGCCCAUUAUCUCCAAGUGGGGUGCCAUAUCCAGGGCAUCUCGCACGGGCUACCACACCACCGACCCUGUCCAAGCCACGGCCUGCCAGGGCAGCGCCAGCACCACACCCAUCAACUUUAAAGAUUACAACCCCCACCUGGAUCACAGCGACUACAGGUGGAGCUCCAGAGGAUCCGACUCUUCCAGCCACUCUAGUUUCCUAGAGAGGUACAACACACAUUUCAGUGAGCAGCUUUGUGCAUCAGAGCUUCACGGCCGUCGAACUUCAAUAAGCAGUGGUGAGAAAAUUGUGUCUGAUCUGCAAGCCCAUCAGAACGCCUACAGCCGCGAUCGAAGCCGGGCUGAGAGUGAACCGGACCCGGAUCGAGACAUUGAGCUUGAACUGUGCGCUCUUGAUAUGGAAGAUUCAGACCACCAGGAGAUUAAGUCUCAGGAGUCUUUAGACCUGGCCACCCCACAGUCUCAGGAUGUUUCCCACCUCCUCCCACCUCCUUGCUCCUCUCCUCUCCUCUCUUCUCCUGUGGAGGAGCACCCCCAUACAGAGGGUCCUUCGACAGAAAAGAUGGAUGCUCACCUGCUGAAAAAGAUGGCCUUCAGGAGGUCUCCUGGAGGGUUAGUUUCCGGACGUCUGGGCGUCGGCAAGCCGGUGCUGCGGACUGGACCUCCUCGCCUGGGGGAUACCUCCACCCGGGCUUGUCCUGAAACAACCGUGACAGAGAUGCUGCUUAAUGGAAGCUAAGGGGAGGCAAAGUCAAACCCUGACCUGCACCAGGCUAGAGCUGAGUCACUCGCCCACAACCAGACCCUGGUUAAAGGGAAUACCAUUUAAUUCCAGCCUUCAUAUAUGUCAAAUUAUAUGCCUGAAUAAAACUUGAGAGAUAUGGGUCAAUGGUUUGUGCUGUGCCACAUCGCAAGAGAAAACACAUUGUCCUGCCUCAUGAGUGGUGAUUUUCACCAGUGUACAGCUCCACAGAGAAUUUAGUGAUAUCACUGUAUAUGCCUAGUAAGGUACAUGGCCAGUUUGCCCUUACAGUAGAUGCUUGAACCACAGUUCAGUUUCAACCGCGGUCACAAUUAGAAGAAAGGCUGACACUGAUAUAACACAGUUUUACAUGGGACUCCUGAGGUUUACACAUCAUCUAGUUUGUUGUCAUUCAUCAUGGCUGACAUAGACACUUACCUUUGAUUUGGCAUUUUUGUCAUUUAACAUGAAAAAUGGCAAUAUAGUGUAAUUUUCUUUAGGAUUUUUUCAUUCUAUGUCAAUCUUUUGUUUACUUAUUCUUCAUCUUUUUUUAAUAUGUAGCUUGGAUUGACGGCAGGAACUGAGAUCCCAACAUUUCCCACCAGAUUCGGUCCUGCUCCCAGUACUGAAGUUUGGUAUCUGGCAGAGUAAAUAUAACUAAUUUGCUCCAGUAAAUCUCUUUUAAGUUAAGUUAUUUCAUUUACCACAUGGACUCUGCUCUGUAGCUUGUGCUGGUUUCCUUCAAGGCAGACACUAGUUUAGAGCCACAUAGCUAUCCAAAACAAAAAUAGCAUUAUUGAACUUUUUUUGUUUGUUGUUGCUACCUUAUGAAUAUCUGACUAUUUUUCAUGCCUUUGCUAUGUCUUUACAUUUUAAUGCAUUUGUUUCCAUAUGCAUCCUUACAUGGCAAUACCCUCAUCCAGCUUAGUCCUUCUGGUUUAGUUUAUAACCUUUAUUGUAUCGCUGCAUCGCACUUUUUUUUCACAAGUAUUCCCCUGAAAAAUCAACAGAUAAAUGUUGUAACACUGAGAACAGAAGCGGGUAGGGCACUCCGACCCUCUGAGAUAAUAAAACGCUGCAGAAAACAGAGACCUUCACUAUGCUGAUGCUCAAACAAGCCUCUGUGUUUUAUUAGUCAUAUGACCUUUUAAAUGUUGGCCUCCGAAUUCCCUCGACCGUCAUGAGAUCAGGAAAGACAAUGAGACAGUCACGAACAUAAAAAUGAGUAAAUGAUCAUCGAUUACUGGAGGUCAAACGAUAAGUUGAGGAGGGAUGACAACAAAACAAAGAUGUGUGUACACUUCUUUUUUAAUCCAUACAUAUAUGCUACAUUUAACAUCUAAUCUUUGGUGCAUAACUAAAGAAUGGAACAGAUGGAGCUAAUUUAGUAGAUUUCUACUGUAUAUGAAGUCACGUGAACUCACAAUCAAUCUUAAAAACUGAUAUUUCAUCUAUGUGUGCCUGUGAUGGUUCUGGCAUCUGACUAGUCUCACUGCUCUCUCUCUCUCUCUCUCUCUCUCACACACACACACACACAGCGCUCAAGCUGUCAUUCACACACAGUAGAAAACAACAUGCAAUACAGUGGCCUUUCUCUCCUUGGUGUUAUAUAAACCUAAACAUUGGGCUCUAUGAUGACUUUUGUCAUGGCCAGUGACAGACUCCGGUCCUGUUUCAGAGGUGUCAAACCAUGGAUCUCGGAAACUGAACACUGGAAAUUACAUUUUUCUAAGCCCCUCGCAUUUUUCUGUGCUUUCCAGUCCAGUCACCUUUACGUACGAUGUAAACAAUAUUCAGAGGUCGUGCGCGGUGUUUCGGGCUGAAGCCUACAAAAAUGAGGGACACCACUUCUUGUGUUUCUUCAUGCUAUAUCUUUUUUAAAAGUUUUGGUUUGUUUUUUAUUUUAUGCAUUGCUAACUUCUGUGAAGUUGUUUGUCGGGGUAUUUUGUAUCAGGAUCUUUGUUACUCUUGUUUUGUUUGCUAUAUUUUACAUCACAGAGACAAAACUGAACUUGUCUUGUCUAAUGUUCCUCUAUGUUUGCUGGCCAUGAGUACGCUAAGUUCAGUAUGGGUGAUCUCCAUACAGCCCGGCCUUGCCUCACUCCCUUUUAUAGACAUGAGGCAUCUGUGACUUAGUCGUAAUGACUAAUAGAUAACACGAAAACUUAAACCCAUUUUAGACAUACAGGAUUUAAAAUCAUGGAGACUCUGAGUUCGUUUAGCCUAAAUCUUAUGAGAUUUGUGUCGAAUGAAAAGACUAAUCUUUAAAUCUUUCAAGCUUCCUUCAAGCCUCUUUAAUUCCCCCUCACCUGACCUAUGUAACUUUUCAGAGGCAUUGUCUUUCCUCUCAGAUUAUACAUGGAAUCCCAUUUUAGAGGAUGGCAGAACGGCUGUACAUGUGAGGAUUGUUCAUUUAGUUUUAAGUUAAAACUUUCUAAACCUGAAUGAACAAUAAAAUAAUGGACUGGGGGAUUUUCUCCCUAUCUUCAACCCAAACGGGUAGACAAAGUGACAAAUUGGACUGAAAAAUUCAGUGCGAGUCGUUGGGAAAAAAACUCUUUUGCAGGGUUCACUUCUGAAAUGGAAAAGGCAAGAGCUUUGGCAGGGACUGAACUGCUCCAAGUCAUGAAAUUAGCUCAGCUACCUACUGUCGCUCUGCAUCUGUUUACAACUUCACCUUUGAAGUCAUGUAACGUUAAGUGCCAUGUCGUGUACAGUACAGUACAAUCAAUCCCUGCAAUUUUUCCUAUAGCUUUUUCAUAUUCCUCCACUGUAAACUACAUGAGGAGGGAAAGACUCGGCCAAAUGUGUGAGGAGUGAGAUACUUCUCUUGCAGUCCUGCUUUGUUCCAUUAGAGGAGGCUAGAUCCUUGUCUGUCUUGAAUCGCUCAGGGAAGACUUAAGUUGCUCUACUACUUUGGCUUUUUAUAUAUCCAUCACUUAAAUAUUCUGUGGAGGUAUUUACCUUAAUUUCACUUGCUGGUAACUGGCCCUUGCACCUGAAGCAUAAAUGGGUUACGCCGAUUAUAUUGUUUGCCAGUGUUUACUUUGCCAGUGUUUUCUUUUGCCUCUCAGUAUCAAUAUUGGCUUUGCUAUUAAUGUUCUCAUGGGAAAGGGCUGGGCACUACUGUAUGUAAAAACAGUAUUGUGAGUAUUAAUGUCAAAGUUAUACUCCCCUGUUUCCUUUAAAGUGUCUAUAGAGCACUGCUGUAGUGGUUAAUAGCACUGCACUAAUUCCCACCCCAUCACUGCCAGCAGGUGCACUCAGCCUGCGAGUGCCCCCCUCUCCACCACCCCCCCACGGCCCCGUCCUCCCUGCAUCCUGCGUCGUGCAUGCGAUAUAGUCCCUCUUGUGAUGGCGGAGGAGUAUUGAUGAUUCUGUAGUUGUGAUACAACACACCCAGCGCUGUAAGAGUUCUGCACAUGCCCACUGUGUGGCCACGUCAAGUGCUGAAGUUUGCUUGCAGCAUUUUACUUGUUUGCUCAUGAAAAUUAAUUAUUGUUUAAUAGAGAUUAUUAUUAUUAUUAUGACUAUUAUUGUUACUACCACAUUUAGUUGUUGUUGUGGUAUUUUUUCCCUUCUUGGUAUAUUCUGCUUCUUUGUUUUGAAUUUGACAAUUUGCUGAAACUGUUGAAAUUUUUUAUUAGACAAGAAAAGUGUCUCAUUAUUCUAUAUUAUAUGGGAAAAAGCCUGUUUGUUGAUUGUGAAACAUAUGAUGAACUGAUGUUUUCUGACUAUUCAUGUCUGUAUUAGACAUUUUAUUUGCGAAUCUAUUGUUCGAUUGAAAUGUAAAUGAACUAUUAAGAGAUGGUACACAUCCGUCAUUGUAUACAGUCUGGCACCAUCAUUAGAUGGACUUAUAGUAUAGACGCUCAUUUAUACAACCUGUGAUAAUCAGAUAUAUUUAAAUGUUUAAAUCAUUGGGGCAGUUGUGUAAUGUUUCAGAAUGAGGAAAAUAAAAUCCUUAAAGAGACAGCAUAUCUAAAACGUCCCCAUAAUGAAUAAUACUGUUACGUAUUCCAUUUAUUUCCUUGGAAAUAUCACAUUGUGAAAGGUUUCCCUUUUACUUACUGUAAGGUAAUGCAGGACUGGAGUUAGUCUAACCUAUGAUUGAUGAAACUGUGUGAGUAUCGUUUGACUGACUGAUUGAUUCUUCUGUGCAUUUUCUGACUUGUUCAUCUGUAUUACACUGACUUACAGACAGCUUGGCCGAGCAGCAUACUGCUUCUGUUGUUGCACUGAGAGAUGAAAUUAUGAAAAAGGAAGAUUUCAGCACAUGAAAUUGCAUGCUACAAUAAACAACAAAC